ACGCGACUUCUCCACAAAAGUUGAGACGUUGCCCGGCCUCUUCCCCUGCACAAUUACAAGUGCAUGCAUCGAACACGAUUCAGCAUUGAAGCUAUCCUAGACCCUGACUUGUUCCCCGUCCCUUGAGAUCAGCCCGAACCGACUCCCACGUGCCGCACCAUGGAGGCCCUUCAGCUGGCCCAGAUGCUGGCCGAUCUGAACGACCUUCAGGCCGCUGAUCAGGGCGCCGCAAAGGCUCUAGUUGCUGCCAACAAGAACCUCGAGCAUGCUGCUGCUAAGGAUAUGCUUACGCCUGGUUCUCGGUCCCAGUCCCAGUCCCAGUCCCAGUCCCAUACCAAAGGCGCAGGUACUCCCCCACUCGACAGCAGUCGGAUAGCUUCACCAGGGAGCAAGUUCGACAAGCUUGGCCGCCGAAUGUUCACCCCGCCCUUGUCGAGAAACAACUCGCAUACACCGUCGUCGGCUUCGAUUCCAGGCACUCCCGGCAAAGAGGAGACGGGUGGUGAUAUCAGCAGAGCGACGACUCUGCUUUCACUCUACGAGAUCCGCGCAAAACUGAAGGAGCAGGACAAUAGCAGCCUCCAGAAAGCACGCGAAAAGAUCAAUGCUCUUGCGGCUAAGCAGCAACAACUGGCUGUGCAGCAACAGCCUCCUUCUCAGCAGACCGCCCGCCGAGGCUAGGAGAGGGGGUCCCCGUGAACGAACACGGUGGGGAUAUUGCAUUUAUGGCGUUUACGGCGUUGGCGAUGGGCAGGACCAACUUAGUGGUGGGUGAUGAUGGGAAAAGUGUAAAACUCGGCGUAUGGAUGGAGUCAGUAUCCAAACGUCUCCUAGGAAAUUGCUUUUUGGGAUGGAGUAAUGAUGAUAUACGAUUGACUGUGUCCAACGAAUGAUGGUCUUGAUCCUUUCUGUGUUCAUUUGAGUCUUCUUGGGAAUGUAGUCAAGCCGCAAGGCUGUGUUCUGGCGGGCCAGGCUGGGGUUGACUACACUUUACAGAGUCUGGGUGUGUAUGGGAUCGAGUAGCGUUUUUGUUAACACGGGCCGUGAACCGGGGAAGCACUUGGAGCGUAUCAUACUUAAAAGGAACAACCAG